UUGAAUGUUGUAAAUAAAAGUAAAAUGAGUAAAAUGGAUUGUCAAAAUCCAAGGGAUUUAAAGCCACACAAAUUAUUCUCGUGCAUUUUCUGUAAAAAGACUAAAAUUCACGAAAAUAAACUUCGUGAACAUCAUAAAAACUUUCAUUCGGACAUACCAUUUGGAACUGAUCAAUACGUUUUCCUGAAAUCAGUUGUGGCACAUGAACAGUGUAUUGUUUGUGAAGAAGUGUUUCCUUGUUCGCGAAAAGCACAAGAAAAUCACCAUAAAAAUCAUCACAGUGAAUUUGUUUCAUGGAAGGAUAUAUUCGAAAUAAUAUUUUUGACGACAGAUAAAGGCGGUGUUCAAAAAAGAUCACGUCAAUGCAAUAAACUAUUGUGUCAUCGUUGCAAAAAGAAAAUUGUUCGAAAAGAUUUUUUAGAACAUUUUGAACGUGAUCACCCAAAAUAUUAUUCACGAACAGGUAAUCAUGUGGCAACAAAAAAAGGAAAAUGUCAUGAUGCGAGGAUGGACGGUGCCGAUGAAAAUGAUGAUGAACAUUUAGAACAGAAUGGACAGCAUGCAGUUGUAAAUGAUAUCGCCGAAAAUAAUGCCGGCAAAAUUGAUGCCAAUGGGGGUUAUGUCGUUGGAAAUGGUGACAAUGAAUUUACAAGCAAUAAUAAACUUUUACUCUCUAAAGGAGCAAUAUACUACAAAUGCAAACUUUGCCAAAGUGAAUUUAGAAAAAAAAAGAGGCUUAAACAUUACGCCAAAGUUCAUCCAAAUAUACAAUUUGAACUGAAAAAUGUCACAUUUGCAAAAACGAUUUUAACAAUGUUUCAGUGUUAUCUUUGUCAAAUUAUACUUAAUAAAACUGAGCAACAAGAACACCGACAAAACUGUCAUCCAGAAUUCGUAAAUUACAGUGAUUUAUACGUUCAAGUUCGCCACAUCGAUAACAUUAGUAGAGGCACCAAAACGUGGUCAGUGAACAAAGAUGCGAUCAUAGUUCGUUGUAAUGUAUGCCGAAAAUCCAUUGACCGAAACAAUUAUGCUGAACAUUUUCAACAAGAGCAUCCGGAACGUUUGACAUCAUCUGAAAUUCACAGGAAAAUCACGAAGGAAAUCAGCUCUGAACGAUUACAUGAGAACGAUGUGGAAGGAAAUGAUGGCAAUAAUAAAAAUUCUCCCAGAAACUAUGCAAUCAUUGAAAAGUUCUACAAUUGCUCAGUUUGCAAUACAAUAAUGAAAGAAAAUAAUCUGCGUAAACAUCAUAACGACUUUCAUUCAAAUGUCCCGUAUGAAGCAAUCAAUUUCACACUUACAAAAAUGUCUGAAACAAUGUACCAGUGUAGCGUCUGCCAAAAGACAUUGCGUCGUACAGAUCGACAAAAUCACCAACAAAAUUAUCAUCCAGAAUUUGUAUUCUUCCUUGAUACGUUCAAUCCUAUUUAUCACACUCAUAAUGUAAUAAACCAUAGAAAACGAUGGUCACAAAACAAAGAUGCGCCUAUGAUUAAUUGUUGUAUAUCUAAGUGUCGAAUGACACUUGAUCGAAACGAUUAUGUUAAACAUUUUCAAGAAAAACAUCCACAACGUUUGAUAUCAACCGAAGGUGACAUGAAAAUCAAGAAGGAACCGGGCUCGAAACCAGUGGACGUUAUGGAAGCAAAUGAACUUAGUGACAAAAAUGAUCCUUCAUUUUUGGAAAAAGAUGAUUAUGUCACCUGUAAUAUCUGCUACAAUGAAGUGGUGAAAUGUUAUCAGCUCGAUCAUCAUGAAACCGUCCAUUCAAAAAUUGCCUAUGACGUAAAUAAUUUCACACAUACAACAUCGGUUGUAACAAUGUUUCAGUGCUUUCUUUGUCAAGUUGUUUUGAAUCGUACGGAGCAACAAAAUCACCAUGAAAAUUAUCAUCCAGAAUUUGAAGACUUUAACGAUUUUUUUUAUGAAAUUUGCUUCGUCCAUAAUAUAACAGCCGACACAAAAAAAUGGACUUUCAACAAAGACACGAACGUAUUUAAUUGCAAAUUGUGCUGCUUAAGUCUCAAUCGAAACAAUUUUACUGAACAUUUUCAAAAAGAACAUCCGGAACGGUACAAUCAUCCCGAAUCCUCAGUGAAUAUUGAACCACCUGCAAAAAUAAAAAAGGAAAAAGUCGAUGGAAAACCGACUGACGAUUCGAUUGGUACAAAAAAGAGAAAGGGGGAACCGAUGCCAUCUGUGACGAUCAAGAAGGAAAAAAUCGACAAAGAAUCGGCCAAAGAUGUGGAGAUGCCGUGUGUAAAAAUCAAGAAGGAAAAAAUCGAUGCAAUCGACAGAGAACUGAUAAAAAUUGGUAAAAAUCCGGCCACCGAUACAGAGAUUAUUAGCUAUUUCAAAUGCACUCUUUGUGGUAAGAACAAAGUCAAAGGGAAGAAACUGCUGAAGCAUCACGACAAAUUCCAUUCAGGUAUUCCGUAUCAAGUGAACACCUACAUUCUUAAUACGAAAGGAAGGAAAACACCUGAAGCCUCGGACGAUGAUGUUGCAGAGCCAAGCGAACCAAGGGAGGAUGAAGAAAGAACAGCAACCAAAAACGGUGUACAAAUGAACACAAGUAAUACACAAAACGAAGACCAAAGCCAAAGUGAAGCAAUUUCGAUGGACGCACAAAGUAUCGAUGAUCAAAAAGAAAAAGACGAAAUGAUGACCAAGAUAACGAACGGAAAAAUCAACGACGCUGGACGUAACUCUUCAAGUGGAACAAGCGAACUAUUUACGAUUGCCGUUAGUUGUGCGGAAUUACAGCGACUUCUACAACAAAAUCGCAUUUAUUCACAAAACGGUCAAUUCAUUUUAAAAGAUUCUGAAUAAAUUAAAAUAGUCUCGGUAUCAAAAUAUAAUAGGACGUUAAAGAAAAUUUGUUAAUUUUCUAAAUACAAAUGUCAAUUUUUCAUGCGAAACCCAACCAUGUUU